GCCCGCGCGGUCCGGAGGAGCGUCCUCGCGGGGCCCCCGCGCGCAGGGCCGGCCUGGAGGCCAAGCAGGUGUGGCAGUUCUGCAGCGGAAGCACCUGCCACUAAAGGGGAAGACGACUCCUUUCUCCAGUGGUUCCUGCUUCUCAUUCCUGUGACUGCCUUUGGCCUGGGGACAUGGCAGGUCCAGCGCCGGAAGUGGAAGCUGAAGCUGAUUGAAGAGCUGGAGUCGAGAGUUAUGGCCGAGCCUGUCCCUCUGCCUGCAGACCCAAUGGAGCUGAAAAAUCUGGAGUACAGGCCGGUGAAGGUCAGGGGGCACUUCGACCACUCCAAGGAGCUGUACAUGAUGCCACGGACCAUGGUGGACCCAGCCCGGGAGGCCCAGGCGGCCGGCCGGCUCUCUUCCUCCGUGCAGAGCGGGGCCUACGUCAUCACCCCUUUCCACUGCACCGACCUGGGAAUCAGCAUCCUGGUAAACAGAGGGUUUGUCCCGAGGAAGAAACUGAAUCCUGACACGCGGCAGAAAGGCCAGGUGGAGGGAGAAGUGGACCUGGUUGGAAUGGUGAGGCUGACAGAAACCAGGAAGCCUUUUGUCCCUGAGAACAACCCCGAAAGGAACCACUGGCAUUACCGGGAUCUGGAGGCCAUGGCCAAGCUCACGGGCACAGACCCCAUUUUCAUCGAUGCAGACUUCAAGAGCACAGUCCCUGGAGGACCCAUUGGAGGGCAAACCAGAGUCACCCUGAGGAACGAGCACAUGCAGUACAUCAUCACCUGCCACGUCAUACCUGUGGUUUAAGAAAUUCCUGCGUCGGGCUCCUGGCACGUGACAAGAUUAGCUGAUGCGACUGUCCUGGGAAGUCACCGAGCAAACAUUUGGAUUGGUUUAAUGCUGGGCCAUGUACUUCCGGUAUCAAUAAAUCAAUGCUGCACACAUUGUGCCUCUUU